AUGGGAAUUGCGGCGCGAGGCCGGUUUGGCCUGUUGUCCUUCUUCAUUUGCAGCGUCGUUGCGCUUGUGCCGGGUGGUGUUGUUGAUGGGUGGCGAGCGGCGCCGCUGCUGGCGAUAUGGGCGGCUGGGGCUGGCGUGAGAUGGUACCACGGUGAUCGUCAGAUCUUGAUGGAUUCUGUAGUGUUUGGUGUUUGGAAUGCGAUUUUGGCAAGAGCGGAGUUAAAGGGUUUGGUAACGCGAGGAUUAGAUGAUUCGGACCUGGUAAGAUUGUGGGUUGUGGCCUGUUGCGUCGCGGUCCCGCUUGCUUUGGUCGCGUACCUCGCACGACGCGAAUCCGGUACCCAUGACAGGACACCAGAAGAAUUAAAGGGCCUCACGCUCUCGAAGUGGGAUGUGUCGUAUCCGAAAGCGAAGAUCUUUCCUUGUCAAACGAAGCAUGCGCGCAUGUUUCCAAAGCGGCACGCUUUCCAAUACUCAUAUCUGCAAUGCGGCUUCCCGAUUAUUCCGGCUGGUGUCAGGCCUGAUGGUACUGCGCUUGGGAGUGGCGAUGCCCAACUUGGUUGCUGGUGGAUGAGUAUCAGGGCUGAAGAUUAUCUUAUUCGAGGGAACGGAUCACUUGGGUUUUACAACAAACUGAAGUUGUAUCUCCGAGACCAGAAUGUGGACGACGCCGACUGGUCAUACGCUUAUCUGAUUACAGCACCGCGCUUCUUUGGGUACUCGUUUAAUCCUGUUUCAUUCUGGUACAUAUACGACUCGGAACACCAGCUCACCAAAAUGAUCCUGGAGGUCAACAAUACUUUUGGCGAGAGGCGCAUGUAUUUGCUCGAUGGAUCCAACGUGGUGCCAAGCACUCCUCAAUCGACUGACAGCGAAGCGUCAUCACCAGAUCUACCAUUAGGCGCAAAGUCACGCUUCAAUGACAUAUGGAUGAAAGACUUCCAUGUUUCCCCAUUCAACUCCAGGAAAGGAUCUUAUGUGUUGAGAGCUCAGAACCCAUUCCCGUACGCUACGUAUGACACGCCUGUCGUCGACAACACGAUUACUCUCAUCUCUUCCAAGGAUCAUGCAAAACUUGUUGCGCGACUGAACUCGACUGGUCCGGCCCUGGACCAAGAUCACAUGAGCGUAUCUGAUACCUUGCGGUUCAUUCUGAGCUGGUGGUGGGUUGGCUUCGUUACCUUCCCUAGAAUCGUGAAGGAGGCUGGACUACUCUUCUUCAAAAGGAGCCUACAUGUUUGGUUUCGACCUGAAGUCCUGCAUACUGGCGUGGGCCGUCUUCCAACGGCGACCGAAGCUACGCUUUGCGAUGUUUUCGAGGAACAUCUAUUCCAGCUCAUUCAUCGGUCGCAGGAACCAUUUCACAUUACGCUACAUACUGCCAUACCCGACAGCCCGAUUCGAGAGAUCAUAACAACAUAUAUACAAGGGCGUGACAUACCCCUACGAAAGCUAGAAAUUCGUGUCUUGACCCCAGCAUUUUACUCACGCUUCGUCCACUACGCCUACACGUCUGAAGCAUUCGACCGAGAGUGCAUCUUCACCGACGAGAAGAAUCGGACGCUAUGGAUAUCGCGACCCGAGCUCCUGCCACUACUCUUCAACCGACGAACACCUUCAGAGCCUCACCAAUCUUUCAAGAACAGAACCUACCUUGAUGAGAUGAGAUGGAGACUUCUGAGGAGACUUCGGUGCCCACCAGCAGCGCCUGCUUAUGCCGCGUCUACGCCGAGCAAGGCCGAGUUCACCACAGAGGAUGUACGGUCCCUGCCAUUCUCGGAAAUGGACCAGUUUAUGCGAAGCUCUCCUGCUCGCAUAGGCUCCAGACAGUACAGGAAAAUAGUGACCAAGUUAUUCUUGGCUCAGCGCUUUGGUUUUGGCUUUGCGGAGGUCCUUGGUUUGAUGGAUGUAAUCGUGAGGGUUCUGUUGUGCUGGCUAGGCGCGUUACAGCUCGCAACUUUACGGACUCAGAGUCAGAACGCGGGUAUUGACGGGUGUUCAACGAAGAUGUUCAGGGAUUGCUCCAGAGACGUAGAAUACGGCUAUGUGGAAUGGUGGUGGUUCGUAGGGACUAUGCUCGCGACUUCUGCAUGCCACGGAUAUGGCCUUCUGAAAGGCUAG